AGUAUAUACAGUAUAUAUACAGCAUACAUCGCCGACGCCAGUGUUGUAAGGUUCCGCGGACGCUUCUACACGCUGGAGCUGGCCUAUGUCGAAUCCAUGUCGCGUUAGUACCUAACUACAUGGUGCCAUUUUGCUUGGAGGCAGUUCAGUUCGUAUAACAAUGCCACGAAAAAAGUCUGAAGUUUUUUAUAAGGAGCACGGUUUUACCGCAAAGUGUGUAAAUGGAAAAUACACUGCCACCUGCAUUUUCUGCAACAAGGAACUGCGGAACACAGCGCUAACAAGACUUUCGUUACAUAGACAAACGUGCGACCAAAAGAGAGACUUAUCGGUGACACAAUCCUUAAUUAUGGAAUGUGUUCGUCCAGUGCUCAAGAUCCAUAAGAUAACGCACGAGGACGCGGAUGGCGGCAUCGAUCAUGGGAACGAAGGCAAGGAGAUCAUUGUGAAGAUACAAGAAUUUUUGGACCAGUGCGAUGACGAUACAGAUAGCAAGGACCAGACGACGACCAUAAUCAAGUCAGAAUUGCCUAAUGGCCAGCAGGAUAGCCCCUACUUGAAUGCUUCAAAGGAGGAUUAUCACACAGAUACUAUGGAAAUUGAAAUUACUGCAGGGCCAGAGAGCCGGGAAUACGUUGAAUUUCUCGACGAAUACAAAGAAGUGAUGAGCCUCGACAACUCGGCCAAUGGUACGGAAACGAAUUAUGGGGAGAGCAGGCCGAAAAAUAACUUGGCUUCGCUGAAGGCCGACAAGACGAGGGCCGAGAUCAAGCAAUUCCACAGCAAGACGCAGUUUUUAAAGACAGAAACAGAGAACCUGAAACUGGAAAGGACGCUCGCAUUGCUAAGGAUACAAAAGCUGCGCCUGGAAAUCGACUCUCUGCGCGCUCAAAGCUAGAACUUCAUAUCUACAUGUCUACUAAACAUCAACAAAAUCAACAUAAUUUGUACACGCGUAUACAAACACAUGUAAAGUGGAAAAUAAACUCGUAAUUUUAUUCAAA